CCUGCUGUGAUGCAUUAAUUUCUAGAUAAUUACUCAUUUAUAUGCUCAUAAACAUCUCAUAAAAACCGCAGCUUCCUGGGUGAGGAACAGAGAACACAACGCAGACAUAUAACGCGGUGGUUUAGACAAGUCAACUACUGCGUUAUAUAUCUGCGUUGUGCUGUCACGAGCGCACAUCUCUCACCACCACAUCAGAGAAGCAACUCAAAUUCAGACUCUCACCAAUUACCCGCUUCUUUUGUCUUUGUACAUGAUUUAAAAUGACCGUGAAAUUGGUUUUUAAGACUUUUGACUCGGUAAUCCUCGCCCAAUAUGGGACGAUAAUUUCAAGCAGAAAUCUUCAGCUUCUUCAAGGAAACUUCGGAAUCGAAGACGCUUUAGUUGUUGAUCGGAUUCGAGGUUCAAGGAUUAAUUCAAGAAACUCGAGAAACUCUGCCGUGGCAAGAAACUGGUGGCCAGGAUGAUGUUCAAGAAAUGGGAUCCAGUAUGUCAAAAACCCAACGAUACGCAGAACAUCAGGAGCCCUUCAGCUCUGCUUUACCUGAAAAUGAAGAGCUUCCAGUUCCGUGUGUGGACGACCCGCUGCCUGAAAACGCCGUGGAGGUUUACGGAAACGAGGAAUUCCAGAAGAGAAAUCUGCUACCACUUCCAGUUCAGUGUGUGGAUGACCCGCUGCCUGAAAACGCCGUGGAGGUUUACGGAAACGAGGAAUUCCCGCUGAGAAAUCAACUAACAUUUCCAGUUCAGUGUGUGGACGACCAGGCUGGAUUAAAUGGCGUGGUUAUUUAUGAGAACCACAUUUUCCCCAUUUCAAAUCCCAGAUCUCAAAUCCCACGUCCAGUUCAGUGUGUGGACGACCCGCUGCCUGAAAACGCCGUGGAGGUUUACGGAAACGAGGAAUUCCCGCUGAGAAAUCAGCUACCGCUUCCAGUUCAGUGUGUCGACGACCCGCUGCCUGAAAACGCCGUGGAGGUUUACGGAAACGAGGAAUUCCAGAAGAGAAAUCUGCUACCAUUUCCAGUUCAGUGUGUGGACGACCAGGCUGGAUUAAAUGGCGUGGUUAUUUAUGAGAACGACAUUUUCCCCAUUUCAAAUCCCAGAUCUCAAAUCCCACUUCCAGUUCAGUGUGUGGACGACCCGGUGCCUGAAAACGCCGUGGAGGUUUACGGAAACGAGGAAUUCCCGCUGAGAAAUCAGCUACCGCUUCCAGUUCAGUGUGUGGACGACCCGCUGCCUGAAAACGCCGUGGAGGUUUACGGAAACGAGGAAUUCCAGAAGAGAAAUCCGCUACCUGGGUCCAGGGUGUCAAAAACCCAACGAUACACAGAACAUCAGGAGCCCUUCAGCUCUGCUCUAACUGAAAAGGAAGCGCUUCCAGUUCAGUGUGUGGACGACCCGCUGCCUGAAAACGCCGUGGAGGUUUACGGAAACGAGGAAUUCCCGCUGAGAAAUCAACUAACACUUCCAGUUCAGUGUGUGGACGACCCGGUGCCUGAAAACGCCGUGGAGGUUUACGGAAACGAGGAAUUCCCGCUGAGAAAUCAGCUACCGCUUCCAGUUCCGUGUGUCGACGACCCGCUGGGUUUAAAUGCUGUUGUAGCUACCGAAGAUCAGACUUUCUCCAUGCCAUAUCAGCCACCUGAGAAUGUCCUCAUUGUCUUACCCAUUGUGAAUACACAUGUUUAUAUAGUUAGUACGAUCAUAUUAGUCGUAAUAUACUUAUCAUGAACGAUUUUUGUUUUGUUUUACGAUUUAAUACAAUAAAUGUCUGUAAUAAAACUGUGUGUAAUGUGUUGUUUGUGGUAAGCUAAGCCAUUAGCUAAUUAGCGACUCUGACUAUCUACCCACAUCUUUCUCCAACUCUUUACAGAAUUCAAGCUCCGUUUUAGACUUCGUGUCACCUUGGUGUUGUAAGAGCUGCUACAGCCUAUAGGAAAAUGUGUAAGGAGCAUUUUCAUAAUGGAGGUGGUGUUCACUUUAGAAUAGCUCACUUUGUCCGUUGAGAUCCGGGGCUCCAGAUGG